CGCAUACUUUACCCAGCCACACAAGAUGUAUUAUUUUAGUAUGAAGUCACGUUGCUGUUAGAAGCAAUGGCUGUCGACAAAGCUAAUAAUAAUAUGGUACAUUUCCUUCGUAGCGCAGAGCUACUGAAACAGGGCGCUGAAGCCCGUGUGUACAGGGGAGAAUUCUUAGGGAAACCGACCAUAGUGAAGGAAAGGUUCCCAAAGUUGUACCGGCAUCCGGCCCUUGAUGAGAAGCUUACGCACCGCAGAACUGUUCAAGAGGUGCGCUCAAUUCUUCGCUGCAGAAAAGCUGGUAUCUCUGCUCCUGUUGUUUAUUUUGUUGAUUAUACGUCCCAUUGCAUCUUCUUGGAGGACAUUGUGGGAUCAGUCACUGUGAGGGACUACAUUAUCUCUGCCAACAUCUCAGAAGCGAAGCAUCUUGAAGUCCUCGCUCAGAAGAUUGGGGAGAUUCUGGCUAAAAUGCAUGAUGAAGACCUGAUUCACGGCGACCUGACCACCUCCAACAUGCUGCUGAAGCAAGGAUCUGGAAGCGCGGUGGCAGAUUUGGUUUUAAUCGACUUCGGCUUGAGUUACAUUUCCGCCUUGCCCGAGGACAAGGGUGUCGAUCUCUAUGUUCUGGAGAAGGCUUUCCUGAGUACUCACCCCAACACAGAGGCCCUGUUUGAAACAUUACUUGAGAGUUACAGUGCUUCUUCCAAAAAAUCUCAGACUGUCAUCAAGAAACUGGACGAAGUGAGAUUGAGGGGAAGAAAGAGAUCUAUGGUUGGCUAGGGAUUUGAAAGACCCUUUACAGACCCAUACGAUAUGUGCUUAUAAGAGCGGUUAUGUAAAUAAAAAAUACUUUGCAACUG